GCGGGCGCUGAGCGGCGCUCACUUGGAGUGCGGCGAGCGAGAGAGCGAGAAGAGCCUGAUCCAUGUCCCUCGCUGCCUCCCUGCCCGGCGUGCGAAGAUGAUGGCCAUGAACGCCAAGCAGCCUUUCGGCAUGCACCCGGUGCUUCAAGAACCCAAAUUCUCCAGCCUCCACUCCGGCUCUGAGGCCAUGCGCCGAGUCUGUCUCCCAGCCCCGCAGCUGCAGGGUAAUAUAUUUGGAAGCUUUGAUGAGAGCCUGCUGGCACGCGCCGAAGCUCUGGCGGCGGUGGAUAUCGUCUCCCAUGGCAAGAACCAUCCGUUCAAGCCAGACGCCACCUACCAUACCAUGAGCAGCGUGCCCUGCACGUCCACUUCGUCCACCGUGCCCAUCUCCCACCCGGCCACCCUCACCUCGCAUCCGCACCACGCAGUGCACCAGGGCCUCGAGGGCGACCUGCUAGAGCACAUCUCGCCCACGCUGAGCGUCAGCGGCUUGGGAGCCCCCGAGCACUCGGUGAUGCCGGCACAGAUCCACCCGCAUCACCUGGGUGCCAUGGGCCACCUGCAUCAGGCCAUGGGCAUGAGCCACCCACAUGCCGUGGCGCCUCAUAGCACCAUGCCCGCAUGCCUCAGCGACGUGGAGUCGGACCCGCGAGAGCUCGAGGCCUUCGCGGAGCGCUUCAAGCAGCGGCGCAUCAAGCUGGGGGUGACCCAGGCGGACGUGGGUGCGGCUCUAGCCAACCUCAAGAUCCCCGGCGUCGGCUCGCUCAGCCAGAGCACCAUCUGCAGGUUUGAGUCUCUCACUCUUUCGCACAACAACAUGAUCGCCCUCAAGCCGGUGCUCCAGGCCUGGCUGGAGGAAGCCGAGGCCGCCUACCGAGAGAAAAACAGCAAGCCGGAGCUCUUCAACGGCAGUGAGAGGAAGCGCAAACGCACGUCUAUCGCGGCACCGGAGAAGCGCUCGCUGGAGGCCUACUUCGCUAUCCAGCCGCGGCCCUCAUCCGAAAAGAUCGCGGCCAUCGCCGAGAAACUGGACCUUAAAAAGAACGUGGUGAGGGUCUGGUUCUGUAACCAAAGACAGAAACAGAAACGAAUGAAGUACUCGGCUGUCCACUGACUGCUGCGGGGUGGAGCGUCCGGGGCCGGGAGAGCUGAGUGUAUGUCCCCCUGGAGUUGGGGGGCACGGUUAUGGGGGCUCCGAGACGUUUCCUGGUAGGUCAGGCUGUCUCCCCCGAAGUCACAGACUUUCCCCUUUAUCCCACCUCGUUGCCUCCCGGCCUUCUCUUUCCAUUCUUUUCUUUCUAUUCCCACCAGAAAAGUUUGGGCGCUAAGAAAAAAAUUCCUGAAAGGCAGGCCUGGAGGGGCUUGUGCUGUCCGUGGUGCUGAAAAUCGCCCUCGCGCACAAGACCGCGCGACCUCACGGCGGGAGCCCAAAUGCAGGGGAUGGUCAAUGGGCCCGAACGCACGACUCUGGGGUGAAGACACCACUUUACUAAGCGCGACUAGACAAGGGGUGAAGGGAUGGGAAGGAAGCGAUAAGGAAUAACACAGAGUCUAAGUGGGGCACAAACAUGUACUGGAGAUUUAUUUAGAGUAUAAAAUACAUGUAUGUUUCCAAAGAAUAGCCUUAUACUCCGUUCGUCACCUAAAUUUUAUCCAUUUCAUCCUUUGGUUUGUUGUAAGUUGUCUAAGGUAGCAUAGAUUAGGUUCAGGGAAAAUGUUCGGGGAGGAGCGGGCUCUGAGUUGUUCUCCACCAUAAGGUGGGCUCCAGAAAAGGUGGGCCCAAU